AUGGCCGGCGGUUCUGGGGAGCAGGAAUUACCAGAGAUGUCACUUGUAGACAUUCUCACACCCUCAAACUUGAUGCCUCUUUUCGCGUCGCAUCCGGAACUCGUACAAACGUUAUUCCCGCACCUUCCUGUCGAUCUACCCGCGCCCCCGACCGAAGACUCGCUGAGCAGGAUCAUCUCAUCUCCUCAAUUCCGUGCCGCCGUGCGAAAUUUUGACCAGGCGUUGCGGACCGGUCUCCUUGGUGGCCUUGUCAGAGGUCUGGGGCUCCCGGAGGAGGCUGGCACAAGCAUCGAAGCCUUCCUGCGAGCUAUUCAAGAGCAAGCGCGGUCGGAGAGCGCCGAUAGUAUGGAUACGGACUAG